AUAGAUAGAUAAAUAGAUACCGGAUUCAAUUCGAUUGGAUUGCCCCUUUCUUUCAACAACUGUGCUGCCUGCCUGAAAUUAAUUCAUUGGAAUCAUCAGAUACUAAGUUGGUUACGAUGGAUUCGAGUUCGGGGCAGCAAGAAUUCGACUAUUUGUUCAAGUUGUUAAUGAUUGGAGACUCUGGUGUUGGAAAAAGUAGUUUUCUUCUCAGAUUCACCUCCGAUGAUUUCGAAGAUCUCUCCCCCACCAUUGGUGUUGAUUUUAAGGUCAAAUAUGUCAUGAUGGGGGGUAAAAAACUCAAGCUUGCCAUUUGGGAUACCGCUGGUCAGGAGAGAUUUAGAACACUCACAAGUUCGUACUAUCGAGGAGCACAAGGAAUCAUCAUGGUUUAUGAUGUAACACGGAGAGAAACAUUUACAAAUCUCUCUGAAGUAUGGGCAAAGGAAAUAGACCUUUAUUCAACAAAUCAAGACUGCGUGAAGAUGCUUGUUGGAAACAAAGUAGAUAAGGAGGGUGAUAGAGUUGUGACAAAGAAAGAGGGAAUGGACUUCGCUAGGGAAUAUGGUUGCCUCUUUAUUGAAUGCAGUGCUAAAACUCGAGUAAAUGUGCAGCAAUGCUUUGAAGAGCUUGUUUUGAAGACUCUUGAUACACCUAGCCUCUUAGCUGAGGGCUCUAAGGGAGUAAAAAAUAACAUUUUUAAGGACAAGCCACCUCAGUCUGAUGCAUCCACAGGUGGUUGUUGCUGAUUUUAAGAAGCUACUUCACUUGGAAGCUGCAUUUUAAGAAUCACGGCCUCCAAGAGAAAGGCAUUGCAUCCAUUUUCCUGGGUUUCUAACAAAUUUCCUGGUUACUUUAGCCUUUUAGCAUAAGUGGAGGUCAUUUUUUAUUUUUCAAGUUCCUGUUUUGACUUGAAUAUGUAGAUGUAAUAUAGUGAUGAUUGUUGUCUGCAAUUUCUUGGGACUUGCGCUUAAUUUCGUGUGAAGACGUGCAACUUUUUAUUUUAAAUCACAAUAGAUGAUCCAGAUCAAAUUGUAUAUAAUAAUAAUGUCUGAGCAACGAUAUGCUCCAACUGUCGAUGUUGCAGAGCUUGAGCAAUACCAUAAAAGCAAGCAAACGCUGAAGAUAAGCAUCAAAGAUAAUCAAAUAAUAAGAUUUGAAGUUAUUGGAUAA